CGGAAGCUGCAGAAGAAAAAGCAGUGUCGGGAUCAUAUUUAUAUUCACAAAAGAAAAAGUUGCUUGUCUUUGAUGGUGUGGGUUUUUUUUAUAUAUAUGGGCUCAUUUACUGCAUCCUUGAGCCAUGGUCGAAGAUCCAGAAGUCCAGCUACUCAGGCGACAGAAGGCCAAACUAAUCGAGAUUCUCAGUGCAGAUGCAGAUUUUGUUCUGCAGCAUGCAGAUGCUCGCCGUCUGCUUUCUCCUCCCGGCUAUGAGCGCAUCAAAAGUUGCCGUGUUCCCAGUGAGAAGGUGACAGAACUUUUGGAUCAUGUCAUCCAAAGAGGUCCCAAAGAAGCAAAGGGACUCUUCGACCUCCUGAAGGAACACGACAUGCAGGAGGCCUUCCCAAGGCUUUCUUAUGCCAAGGAUCUGCAAGUCCAACCCCCGACUUCAGGGGAACAUGAAAAAUCAGAAAAGAGAAAAAGUUCUUCUGAAAAAGAGGAUGACAUUCCACCCAUGAAAAGCUGCAGAAGAGGUUGUGGUCUAGUGAAGGAGAAGCAGCUGAUGUUUGUGGCUCGUAACAUUGGCAAGUCGUGGAGAGAAAUUGGCAUACUGGCUCUGAAUAUUUCAUCCGUGAAGUUGGACCAAAUUGAAGUGGACCAUUCUGUCCACGUGGAUCGGGUCUUCGCCAUGCUGCGUUUCUGGCGGAACUGCCAGCGGGGGAAAGCCACUGCCCCUCACCUGCACUCCCUCCUCAGUCAGGACGACUGGGCGCUGCCUCCUGAAAGCAUCGACUGUCUGCUGGAAACAGACUGAGAGACAUAAUGAGGCUGAACUCGCAGAGAAAAUGUUUUUACUCACUGUUAGUGAGUAUCUCAUGACAGGAGACUUGAAGUUCAUUUGACAGUGUGACUGUCAAAGAAAGGGCUUAAAAGCUUUCCUUUUCCAUGCCUUUUAAAGAUAUACUUUACAUUUGAACACCAUACUUUGAAUGGUGUUUGAAGUGGACAGCAGAAUAUUCAUCUCUUUUUUAUAAUUUCUCAGUUU